AUGGAUGAUUUGAAGCUAUACGCUAACGAUAGGGAAUCUCAAAAACAGCAAAUACGCACACUUAACAAAUUAAGUAAUAACAUAGGACUUAAUAUUAACAAUAAGAAAUGUGCAACACUUAAUACUAACAAUGACGAAAACCCUGUUCUUGGAUUCCCAUUAAUUACAAAAAAUGAAAGCUAUAAGUACUUAGGAAUAACACAAAACGAUCUAACUGACUUGACUUCACUAGAAAACAAAUUAACUAUUAAGAUAUUAGAAAUACUUACAGAAGUCAAUAGAUUGAACUUACCACUUAGAUUCGUAACAAAACUUAUAGCUAACACAUUGAAACUUAUGAUAGAAUACCUAGCUACUGAUAUGAUAUUUGGAGAAUCUAGAAACCAAAGAAUUAAUGUAGGAAUGAUUAACCUAGGUAUUUACGCGUAUAUUAGUACUGAUCCAAAAACUAACAUACUGACAAAAUACCUAGGUUAUAAAUAUGACCCACUAACAAUAGAUAAUAGACUUAGAACUUCAAUAGAAGAUUCCAUCUACUUACUAAAUAAAAUGGGAAUAACUACUGACACAAUUAGAAAUAACUCCUCCAUAAAAAUAACCAUUAACUCAGAGGAAGCUAACAUUAAACUAAUAAAAGGACUAAUUAGUGAUAAAAUACUAGAAAAUAACAAAAAUGAACUAACUAAAUCUAAAUAUUAUAAGAUUUUUAAUAGAUACAAAUUAGAUAAUCAUACUUACAAAUUUCUUACAACUAACAUAAAUUCUAACCUAGAACAACUAAUAUGUCAUGCUCAAGAAAAGCAACUGUUUUUUGAAAAUAAAUUUUGUAGAAUGAAAUGCCCUAACAAAGAAACUCUUGAACACAUACUAACCAGUUGCAUCCAUAAAGAUACAAUAAGGCGCUUGAGACAUGACAAUGUACUAAGAUUAAUAACUACUAUAUUUUUUACAAAACUAGGAAUAAGAACAUUAGAAUACGGUGAAAAAUUAACAUUUAUCCCUUCCAAAAAUUUAUACAUAGAUUGGGCUUGGAAGAAAGCCCAAGUAAAAUCUCAUAAGCCAGAUUUAGUUUACUUACCAUUACACCCUAACAAACCAUUAAUAAUAUUAGAUGUAUCAAUAGCUAACUUAGAUAACAUAACUAACCAGGAAAAAUGGAAAUUUACUAAAUAUUGCACUAACUCUAAUAUAGAAUUUACUGAUGAUUGGCUACUAGCAGGAUAUUAUCUAGCAGAUUAUUUAAGGAAAAAAUUUAACCGUAAAACUGAGUUUCUUCCAGUAGUAGUGGGCUUCUUAGGAGAACUAAUGGAAGAAUCUAUCCAAAAUGUAAAUAAAACACUAGAACUAACCACUAAAGAAGCUAACCAAUUAUGGACAAAUAUUAACAUUUCAGUAAUUCGAGACACAUACCGCUUACUAAAACAACAUUACGGUAAAAUCAACCAUUAA